AUCACUAUGGGUAUCAGCCGUGAUUCUCGCCACAAGCGCAGCGCCACAGGUGCCAAGCGUGACCAAUACAGAAAGAAGAGAAAGUUUGAGUUGGGUCGCCCCCCAGCCAUGACCAAGCUCGGUGGUAGACGCAUUCACGUCGUUCGCGUUCGUGGUGGCAACGUCAAGCACAGAGCUCUUCGUCUUGAGUCUGGCAACUUCUCUUGGGGUUCCGAGGGUAUUGCCCGCAAGACUCGUGUUUUGACUGUGGUAUACAACGCCUCCAACAACGAAUUGGUCCGCACAAACACCCUUGUCAAGGGCGCUGUUGUCCAAAUCGAUGCCACUCCUUUCCGCCAGUGGCAUGAGGCACAUUAUGCUUCCUCCCUUGGUAAGAAGAAGGCCACCACUGAGGAGGUUGCUGUUGAGAAGAAGUCCAACAGUGUUCAGAAGAAGAUUGCCGCUCGCCAGGCCGAUGCUGCUGUCGAUCCUCUUCUUGAUGAUCAGUUCACCGCUGGUCGUUUGUACGCUGUCAUUGCUUCCCGUCCUGGUCAGUCCGGUCGUUGUGAUGGUUACAUUCUUGAGGGCAAGGAACUUGAAUUCUACGUUAAGAAGAUCAAGUCCAAGAAGCAGCAUUAAGGAACUUGGCUAAGCUACUAAAAUACACACACUUGUGUAUCUUGCGCAUUAUAGCUGGCUUUAAAAAUAAAUAAAUGUUGUUUAAGCAAGAGCUACCCUUAAGUC